AUGGAUGAUAAUGGAGGUGCUCAAGACUCGAAGCAAGUAGAAAUUCAAGUGGUGGCAUCAUCUUUAUUGUCAUCUUCUACAAGUGAUGGUGAAAUCUCACCAAGGAGGAUGAGGAAUAUUAAAAAAGUUUAUAAUGCUACAAGCAAAAUUGACGAUGUCCAUUUUGCUAAUUUUGCAUUAUUUGAUGGUAUUGAUCCUAUAAAUUUUGAUAAGGCGAUCCAAGUUGAGAAAUGGACGAUGGAAAUGGAUCAAGAAAUUGAUGCAAUAAAAGGAAAUGAAACAUGGGAGUCAAUGGAGCUUCUGACUAACAAACAAGCUCUUGGAGAAAUUGGUGUACAGAACAAAGUUGAAGUUAGAUGGUGGAUGUUGAAGGAAUUGAAGUGUACUCAAAGAAGUGAGACUGUUUUAUUUUGCGAUAAUGGUUCUGCCAUAGCAUUAUCAAAGAAUCCAGUUUUUCAUGGAAGAAGCAAGCAUAUUAGAAUCAAGUAUCAUUUUAUCACAGACUUGGUUAAAGAUGGAGAAAUGAUAGUGAAACAUUGCAAGACUCAAGAUCAAGUGGCAUAUAUUUUUACAAAGGUGCUGAAGUUUGACUUAUUUGUUAAGUUUAAAUGA